GAUAUUUGAGAAGCCUUUGAAAUCAUGUUUUCGUACAGAUAGAUAUCUGUUUAUUUGAGCUAAAGGUUGUGUGGUAUUUUACUUUGGAUAAUUGAACAGUAACAAAUACAGGAUAUUUGUGCAACACUAAGGCAAAUAUUGAUGUAAAAUCGACAAUUGAAGGUUGUUACGGUACAUGGUCAAAGAAUGGCGACCAACUAUGAUUUUGAAGACAACAAUAUUACUGAAGAACCACCAGACUUAGUAAUAAACCACCCAGCCAAAAUACAGGCAGCCGAUAAGGAAUACAAACACAACCAAACAGCAUCUGUCAAGGCCGUAAUAAUAAAAUGGAUAUCAACAAUAUUCAUGGCUCUACUAUUUCUUGCGUGUCUCGUGCACAGCAGAAUAACAAUCCUGGCUCUGUCGGAAUCUCUACAUGCACCAAACAGUUUAAACCUGAUUGCAAGAACGAGGCUCUUUGUUUUGUUACAGAUAAUAGCUGUUGUGCCACAUUUUAUAAACAUGGUUCGUGGAAUUUGGUGCGGUCUUCUUAGAGCCGAUAGAAAGUGGCCUAUUGGGCGUAGAAAAUGGAUUUUGGCAACCUUCGUUAGCCUGUUAGAAUCAUUCGGACUUUGUUUGUUCAUCUUCUGUAUUCCUGGGCUCACCAAGACGCAUCACGUGAUUUUAUUGAUGAACUGCGUGUUUUUAUUUCCUUUGUUGGAUAACAUACGAUGCCUUUGGAUUAAUCGACGGCAUCAUCGAGACCAGCAGUCAAGAUUGAGAUCCAAUUAUCCUGGAGGAAGAAAAGUUAACAUAUCAUGGGCAGGAGCGUUAUUUGCAGAGCUUGUUGGAAUAGCUUUUACAGCAUAUUUGCACAGAAAGGUCCCUGUUAACAGAGUAUGGAUAGCGCCAGUUGGAGUAGUAUGUGUUUCCUUGGCCUGGAUGCCAUCUCUACAAAAAUACCUGGUAGAGAAUAGUUAUACAUUAUCAAGUGUCCAGGAUUCAGCAAACGGCCAUGGAACAAGGGGAAACGUACAAGAAGAAGUCCCGAAUGUACCUGAUAAUUUACCAUCUAUGAUGAGAAUAGAACGUACUGCGUGGAAAUUGACGACUUGGAUGUCUUUUGUAAAACUCGUUUCAACGAUAGGAUUUUCUAUGCUCAUAUAUCUAGAUGACACGAUGUCACCAUUCCCGGACUCACUUCGCAGUGGAGUUGACAUACAUAACUAUAUGGACGGUUGGAAAGAAUUGAGCGGGUGUAGUCAAAAAGAAUUAUACUACUUUAUUGCUCAUAUGGCAGAAGGUUUAAUUGGUUAUAUAGUUGGGUAUAUUGCUUGUACAACACGCUCACAGCUAUUAGGAUUUUCAGUUCCUCUAAUGUCAGCAACUCCAUUGUCGGUGACACUUCUAGCCAUCGAUAACACGUGCAGAAAGUUCCUUCUGCACCCAGGAGUAAACAACGGAAAAAAUGAAUGUGUUAUAAGUGACAUGGGAAUUAAAUUUCUUAUAUUGGCAACAUUCUUCCUUGUGCUGGCUCAAGUAUUAUCCACGUGGUGGCUGUUGGUUAGAAGUCAAUUGAUUGUUAACCUAGGGGAGGACCAGCUGUUUUGGACACCUAUGUACAAUUCGGCUCUUUUCGAGCACUGGAUUAUGCUGACAAGAAGAAAUGAGCUAACUGACAUCGGGAACGUUGACUUGCAUCCUUUGGAAAAAGCACGACGUUCGAGAAUAUUUAUAUGUACAACUAUGUACAGAGAGAAUGAAGAGGAAAUGAAACAACUCUUGCAAUCACUUCAAUUAAUAAAUGACAGGGUAACACAUUCAACAGGCCUCAAGUUUGAAUCCCAUAUAUUCUUUGACGGUGCUGUAAAGAAAGAUGUACCGACAGGAUUUUUGUCACAGCUAGUAUCUCUUGUUGAGGACACGUUUGGCACAUUAGCUAUAAGAUGUACAAAAACUACAACACCAUACGGCAUGUCUUUAAGCUGGAGAUUAGUUUCAUGUGGUAAAGAGGGAAUGUACUUUACCAUUCAUCUUAAAGACAAUCAGAAGGUCAAGAAUAAAAAGAGGUGGAGCCAAGUAAUGUACAUGUCAUAUGUCCUCGACUGUCAGCUGAAACAAAGCCAGUCAGCGGAUACAAAUUAUGAUAUGGAAGAAGAAUCCUACAUUCUGACCACUGAUGCUGAUGUUCAGUUUACUCUCGACAAUGUUGAAGCUCUACUUGAUUUCAUGACGCUGGAUUAUAGUGUGGGGGCAGUUUGUGCUAGGACUCACCCGCUUGGCAGUGGUCCUGUUGUUUGGUACCAGAAAUUUGAUUACGCAAUCGCUCACUGGUUUCAGAAGGCUUCAGAACAUGUAAUUGGGUCUGUGCUCUGUGCUCCUGGAUGCUUCAGUGUCUAUAGAUGCAAGGCGAUCAGAGAGGUCCUCCCACUAUAUGCCUCCAAUGUUGAACAGGCAGAAGAAUUCCUUACAAAAGAUAUGGGAGAGGACCGUUGGUUAUGCACGCUUUUGAUCCAAAGCGGUUGGCGCAUCGAGUAUUGUGCAGCAUCCGAGAAUAAAACUCAUUGUCCAGAAGACUUCGAUGAGUUUUUCAAACAACGGAGGCGCUGGAUUGUAUCAACGUUGGCAAAUCUGUGGUUACUCAUAAAUAAGUGGAGAUACAUCCGAAAACACAACCUCCGUGUAUCAUAUUUGUUCCUUGUUUACCAAGUACUGUUGCUGGUUGCUACGCUGAUCGCUCCAAGUUCAGUUCUUCUUGUUGUAUCAGGAGGACUUAAAUAUGGAAUGAACUUUAACCCUGAAGCAACUUUGAGUCUUCAACUCGUGCUGUGUUUGUGUUUCACGCUGAUCUGUUUAUAUACUUCACAGAGAGUUCAGUUAUAUGCUGCAAAAUUGUUAACCUGCUUUUACGCCAUACUUAUGAUGAUUGUUGCGGUUGGAACAGCAGUUGAAAUUGUAACAGACAUUAGAGGAGCACCGGGAUCUGAAGCUAGUUUCAUCAGCGACAAAAUUAGGAUUUCCACCACAAGUGUCUACCUGUUCUCCGUAGCUGGGCUGGUUGUUCUAGCUGCUAUUUUACAUUUACGCGAGUUUCCAUGUGUUUUCCAUGGGUUUGUCUAUCUGCUGUUUUUACCUGCUGGAUACUUGAUUUUGAUAAUAUACAGUAUCUGUAACAUCACUGACAGCUCAUGGGGAACAAGAGAAAGUACGGAGGAAAUCACUAUACAUCGCAGUACAUCAUGGCAAGGGAAAUUCAAGGAAUUAUUCCAAAACAUUUUCUUUUGUUGCUUUAAUACAAAAGUGCCAGCAGAUCCUACACCAUCAAUUGAGACAAAAACGCUUGGAACACAGGCUGCUCUCUCUGAUGAUGAUGAUGAAGAUUCUAUAAAUAAGAGGAACUGUGAUCAAGCCUCGCAAACGGAGAUGAAACAGAAAUUCUCCUCAGAUACAUCGCCAGAGUAUGAUGAUGAUCUUGCUGUUGAGGACUGGCUUGAUCAAGAUAUGAUGACGGAAGCAAGAAUUUUAAGACAAAAUGGCUUUGAUAAGACCUCGUUUAUAAGUGGUAUGACUGAGAAGGAAAUACAAGACACUGGUAUUAAAAAUAAGGGGAAAAUACAUGCUUUAUUGGGAAGGAUACAGCAAUUAAAGGACUAUGAGAUUCCUGUAAACGUUCCGGAAAACGUUGAAUGUUGGUUAAAAACCCUUGAUUUGUUGCAAUACAAGGACAAUUUCAUUCGCAAUAACAUAUCAACGCAACAGGAAAUGGAAGUUCUCAAAGACCUCAAGAUUAAAGAGAUUCGUACUGACCUUGGAAUUACAAAAUAUGGUCAUAUCAAGAGACUGGUAAAGGGAAUAAACCAACUAAGGAAACCAACAAUUGCGGAACAGAAGCGUGCUACCAUCCAAAGACUGAUUAUAAACCAUGAGACACUAAAACUUGAAGAUGUUAAUGCUGAUGUAUAUGCCUAUUGGGAAUAUCUCCGAAAGAGAUGCCUCAUACCACAGUCAGCUGUGUUUGAAUCAGAUGAGCAUUUGAAAGUCAAACUUCGCCACUUAAGGGACAGAUGGCUUGCGAUUUUUGCAAUGAUUAAUAUACUUUGGCUGAUCCUUAUUUUGUCUUUGGCUGAUAAAGGGAAACUACUCGGUGUGUUCGGAAGUAACCCAGUCGGUUUUGUUGUGAUAGUACUAUUCAGCUUCAUCCUUCUGCUCCAGUUCUUGGCAAUGAUAGUACAUCGUAUUUCAACAUUGAUGCACUUCUUGGGGAGGACGCCGUACAAAUGUAACAGCGCAUAUAACAGCAGUUGGAUGUUCGAUUUCAGUGACCUGUACACAUUAGAGGAGACCGAACGUAAGCAAUUCCAUGAAGAUAGUGGGAAGGCAGAGGAUAGGAUUUUCAGAAAGCGGCGUACCAAAGAUAAAGCAGAUUCAAGUGAUGACGAAACUACACCAUUGGUUUCAAAUGAGCAUAGAUGAAGAAAAAUGUCGGCAUGCAACAUUAAAGGCAAUGAUAAUGUGAAAGCAAAUGUAGUCAUGUUACAUUUAAGACAAUGAUUAUGUGAAAGCAAAUGUAGUCAUGUAACGUUCAAGACAUGAUAAUCUGAGCUCAAUUACGAAUGCGUCUAAAUUCACUUAUUUUCUAUGUUUUCCGAAAAUAUUUUGACGAGAGGGACAUACAGGUGCCGCCUUGUCUUUCCAUCCGACAGUCCUAAAAUCUUUAUCGAGAUUACACCACCUAUAGUUUUCAAGGCAUUUGGCCCAAAAUACGAAAAUGUAUUGCUAGCAAGUGAACUUUGGCAUAUCAUUAGGACAUAACCCUGCUAAACUGCUAUUACUUGUGCUGUAUUUUGCCAUGCAGAUUAUUCCUGUAACAUGGUACAGAUAAAAGAAAUUGCUAUUACAUACAGUUAUUUUAUUAUCUCCUUAACAUUUUACCAAUUGUAUAGAAUCUUACAUAACUCAGACUUUUAAAAGUUCAUUAUUAUAUUUCUCUACCUUUUAGCAUAUUAUUUUUGUUCAUGUAAUGAUAAAUUAUAUAUACUGUAACUAACAAGAUGAUAACUAGUUAAAUACACUACAUCAAAAUCCUUCAA